AAAUGUCCACUUAGCAGAUACCAAUAUCAGUAGGCGAGCAUCAGAGGGUGGAGACAUGGACCUAAGCCGUAAGCGCGCCACUUCAGCCCACAGCCUUGACAGGAAGCCAGAAGACCUGCGUAUGUCGAGCUCGAUGUAUGAAGUGUUUCACUGGGACGACAGCAGCCCUACCUACCAAAAACAUCCCCCUACUACCCAAGGUGAAGAUCUUAUGACAAGAUCAAUGACUGCAGCAAUCCCUGCUUCAGCGGCAAGACGACGUACGGAUCUGAUGCCAGCAAUGCCGAGUUUGCGAGACUCAUCUGGCAGCACUCGAAGUAGUCCUCGCCAUCGAUCGCCAGGUAGGGCGUUGUCACUGGGGAGGCUGGAUGAACUGGCCCGGCCACGCCAACGCAACCCCCCUCUUGCACCCCUGCAUGAGACUACCCCUUCUUCUGUGCGCAUGAGUCAGCCUGCUCGCACCAUGUCCAAGAGCAUGUGUCACCUGGGCCCUCGACCUACCAGAACCCAGACUGGCCACGCUCUGGACAUUACAAGUGGCCAAUUGGACAGAGGAGUAUCUCGCAGCUCUGUCACUCUGGCACAGCCUCGUAUGACACGUGCUGAGAUGCUUAGACAGAAAAAACUGCGAGGUGUAGCCUUGACAUCCAGUGGAGACAGCAGUACCAGCAGUACGAAGAGUAGCUCUACAACACAAGGCAUGCGCAGUGGAACGGUCACCCCGAAUUCUCCCUCACGUCCCACCUCAGCAUUGAGUCAGGGAUCAAACAACAGCAGCCAAGUGUCCCUCAGAUCCCGCACCUCUCCCCGCAAGCCUCGCCCUCUCAGCAUUGCUGGAUCUUCGCUCUCUUCAGCUGAUAAACCCAGAGAUGCCGUUACACCCUCCAGGGAAAGCAGGCCCAUGGAGAGGAAAUUGUCUGUUGGCUCAACUUCAUCUACAAAACCAGCAAGGGCCAAGAGUGCAGGCUCUGACAGAAGUGCUCCAGCCACUCCAGCACGCACACCAGUAAAAGCUACAACACCUAAGAAAACUCCGUCACAGGUUAAGGCUGAGAAUGCAGCUAAAAAAGCUGUAGAGAAGAGUAAGUCAACACCAAAGACCAAGACUACUCCAAAGACAACCCCUCUGCAUUCUCCGGCAGUUGAAAGCAAACCUCUUCCUGGAUCAAAAGAAAAGAGGGCCUCUCCACAAAAGGAAGACAAACCUGCUGAGCAGAAUAACAAGGAAACUAAACAGCAGAAGACAGAAACUGAUGCUACAGCAGAAGUAAAGCCUGAUACUGCAGAUGCCAGCCAGGAGGCCCCAGUUCCUGCCCCUGUUGAGGAGAGCCAGCCUGAAAAGGUUGCUGAACCCACUGCUGAACCUGCAGCUGAACCCAUAGUAAAUGACACUGAUGCUAAAUUGCAGCCCACUGAGGAACCCACACCUACUAAGCCACAAGAAUCAAUUGCAAAAGAGCCUGAAAACAACGAAACUCCAAAAGCAAAGGAAAAGGAAGGUUCUCAGGAGAACUUGGAGAAGACUGAGGAGUCCGAGAAGACCAUGAUCAAGAAGGCAGCAGAUAAGCCUGUCACCGGGUAUGCAACAGAGGAGGAUUACAAGGCAGCCCUUGCAGAAAAGCGGCGUCAGGCAAGAGAGGCCAAGGAAAGAGAGCUUGAAUUGGAACGCCAGAAACAGUUGGCAGAGGAAGAGCGUGAAAGAAGAGAGGAGCAAGAGUACCUCAAGAUGAUUGAAGAGCAGAAGAAGGCUGAAGAGGAGCGCUUGAGAAAGGCAAUUGAGGAAGCUGAUCGCCAGCGAGAAGAAGAAGCAAAGAAAAAGGAAGAAGAAGAGAAGCAGAGGGAAGAGAAUGAGCGCAUAGAGCAACAGAAACGUCUUGAGGCAGAGGAAAAGCUUCGCCGUGAAGAAGAAGAGCGUCAGGCCCGCAAGAGCCGUGUUGCAGCCAUCAUGGCAAGGACUCGUGGCAAGGGAGGAUCAAACACUCCUACCAAGGCUGAAGCCAAGACUCCAUCUGAUGAAACCAAGGCCUUCAAUGAGGCUGACAUGAGUGGCAGCAUGACAGACUCCAUGAUCAAUGCUCUAGUUUCCCAGAGUGAGAGCUCCAGCCAGCCUCAAAGUGACAUGUCAUCACAGCCUGAUCAGCCCUCAAGUGAUGCCUCAUCCAGACCAUCACAGCCUGGUGCUGGCUCAGUCUCGGAGAAUGCUGUAGUAGCUGGUGUUGAAACUGAUUCUAAGACACCUGCUGUCAAGUCAGCAACACCUCCCAGCGAUGUGACUUCAGCUUCCAUGGGUGUUGAAUUGACGCAUUCAAAUGUUGAGGUGACCCGAGCCACAGAGAACUCAAUGGUCGAUGACCUGAUUAGUGGUAUUGCCUCAGUUAAAGUUGAAGAGCCACAUGUGAAUGGAGAUUCCCCAGUGCCCAUGGACACAACUCCCACACAGUCUGUAGACUUGUUGGGAACUAUUAGUGAUGUACAUAGUGUAAAUCAUAACGGAGUAGAUAAUACGCCUGCACAGACCAGUCAAGG